UGCAGACAGACCUGACCUCUGUUGGCUCAAUAGGAUUAAUCUUCAAGUUGUUGCAGAGCUGCAGGUAAAGGUGAUUCCUGCCACAGAGGGACAGACAGUAACACUGAUGUGCAGCAGCAGCAGCUGUCCUCUGACUGAAAACCCUGCAGCCUACAUCUGGUACAAGAACAGAGAGUUUCUCUAUGAGGACUGGUCUCCCUGGUACCAAGAGCUGCUCAGCAGUGAGGAAGCAGUCACAUACUCCUGUGCUGUCAAAGGCUACGAGCAUCUCAGAGCCCCUGAAGUCUCUGUGGGUUCCAUCACUCAAACCUGCUUCAGUGUGACCUAUGCUAAAGGGAGAAUGUGUUCUUACAAGCAGACAUCAGUAGAUGAGCCAUGCUCCAUCACAUAUCCCAGAGAGGUCCAUGUUCAAAGGGCUUCUUCCACCUCAGGGUUUGUCACACUGAUCUGUAACACUAGCUGUAAUCUGACUGACCCUCAAACUGCCUACAUGUGGUACCACAACAGAAGAAGAAAUGAUGAGAAUCAACAUUUUUCAGUUCAAAUCUCCUCAACUGAAAAGUUCUCUUGUGCUGUACAAGACCACAAAUAUCUUCAGUCUGCAGAAGUCUGUGUUCAGGAUAAGAACUGCUGGAGAGUGAAUUAUGUCAGCAGGAGAAUCUGUGCUCUGGAAGGAUCUUCAGUCAACAUCACAAGUGAAUACUCACAUCCUGAAAACAUGAAGCCAGAGAAUAAAUGUUGGAGUAAAAUAUGGAGAAAAGGUGAUGAGGAAGUUGAAGAGCUGAUUGAGGCUGCAGGUCGUGUGGAGUAUCACAACAACAUGAAGAACCAACACAUCCUGACCAUCAAACACCUGAAGAAGAAUGACUCAGGAGGAUACACAUUCAGAUUCAAGAAAGAUCAUGAAGGAUGGACACAGUCUGAUCUGCCUGGAGUCUUUUUGAUCGUCACAGAGCUGAGAGUGGAGAUGAGUCCUUCUGCAGUGGUGACAGAGGGUCAGAGAGUCACAUUGACCUGCAGGACCAGCUGUCCUCUGACUCACAACACAAACUACAUUUGGUACUUCAACAGUCGACCUCUGACCCCGAGAGAGAACCAAGACAAACAUCUGAUCCUAGACCCAGUCAGCAGGGAGAAUGCAGGAAGCUACUCCUGUGCUGUGGAAACCAACAAAGAUAUCAGCUCUGCUCCAAAGACUCUCACUGUCCAAAGUAUCACAGGAACAUGGACACCAGCAGCUGCAGGAGGUUCUGCAACUCUCCUGGUUUUAAUACUUCUCACUGUCUUCUGCUGGAUCAGGAAAAAUUGGACUUCUAGUCAGUCUCCAACAACUGAAAGGUUCGACCAAAUUGAUCAGCUCAGUCCUGGUCCUGUAUAUGAAGACAUCUCAGCACAACCAAAGGAGGAGGAUGAAGUCCACUACAGCAGCGUCUCCUUCAAAAACAACCACGUAGUUCCUCUUUAUUCCUCCGUACAGUCACAUCAGCCCAGAGAACAGGAGCAUUCUCAUUAUGCUGCUGUCAUCUUCAGCUCUGAUGGAGCAUCUGCUGUCACUCCAGCAGACACAGACUUACAGACUUACUCUGCUAUAAAGCUUUGAGAGGAUUCUGUGUUCAACAACAGCUUAUCCAAUUCAGGCUUGCAGGGUGAACAUCCCAGCUGUCAUGGCAGCGUACAACCUGAAGAGGUCGCCAGAAACUCAACCAGAAGAAAAAUCAAGAUAAAUGCUAAAUUGUUGACAGCUGUUAGAAUGAAUCACACUCUGUACAAAUGAUCCAUUUGUACAGAGUGUGAUAUGUUUCACUGGGCCUUACUGUGUCACACUCUCUGAUAUUCUCUGCAAUUUCUUCCAUUUGACAUUUUCUACACUUCAGUCUGCAGCACUGUGUCUCCCUCUUCUGGCAGUGAAUGUAACUACAAAAACACAUCUGAAGGCUCCUUAUGAAUAUCACUGCAACAAGGAGAGCUACACAAGAUAUAUUUAAUCCUUCCUCUGAUCAUUCCUUCAUUGUUCUUUCUGCCACAGGCUCAGCCAUACUCCUAACUGCUGUAGCCUACUCCAUCUUUGAGAGGAGAGCUGCUUCUCCUCUCAGAGUAUUGGUUGGGAUAAAAUGCUUCACUUCUGGUGCUCUAACACAGAAAUGUUGCCACAGGACUGUGGUUGGAUACUCCAAAAAAAAAAAAAAAAAAAUCAGUUUCUAAUCAGUUUUACGUUGUGGGAUGCUGUUAUCACUUUCCCUUUGUAAAGGAUGUGCAGGUGUAUCGUCUCCUAGAGAAAAUAAAGUAAACACUGAAGUAUCUUUUCUAUGCUCGUAUCUUUUGAACUUUAAACAAUAUAUGAAACCACUGGCACAGAUCUAUAAAGCAAUUUGAACUGUAGGUUUAAUAAAGUGCUCUAAAUUGUGAGCUGUAUCAAAAUGAUUAAAGUUACUGUUGUAGUUUAACUCAGUUAUGUUUUCAAGUUGAAAGUUUGUUUUUCCGAAUGCUCUCCAGGAUAUGCUCAUCAUCAUAUAAGCUGUCUUAUGAGUCAUUAUAAAUUACUAACAGGAGAUUCACUGUUAGUAAACCAGAUUUUCACUGUAGGAUUUAGAGUCCAUUA